AUGAGCGGUCGUUUGUUGGAUUUGUUCAAGCCAUUCGAGGCGUUUUUGCCCGAGGUGAUCGCACCAGAAAGAAAAGUUCCUUACAACCAGAAGAUGAUCUGGACCGGUGUUUCGCUGCUAAUUUUCUUGGUUUUGGGCCAGAUUCCACUUUACGGUAUUGUAUCGAGUGAGACUUCGGACCCUCUGUACUGGCUGCGUGCAAUGCUGGCCUCUAACAGGGGCACACUCAUGGAACUCGGAGUGACGCCAAUCAUCACUUCGUCAAUGAUUUUCCAGUUUCUACAGGGCACACAGCUGCUGCAUGUGGAUAUGGAGAACAAACAGGACCGUGAGCUUUUUCAGAUCGCGCAAAAGGUGUGUGCCAUUCUGCUCACGUUCGGCCAGGCCGUCGUGGUCGUGCUAUCGGGCAACUACGGCAGACCCUCAGACAUGGGCAUUGCCAUCUCCCUAUUGCUAAUUUUCCAACUAAUGUUCGCGUCCUUUAUCGUGCUGCUACUUGACGAGCUGCUCGCCAAGGGUUACGGCCUGGGCUCGGGCAUCUCCCUCUUCACUGCCACCAACAUCGCGGAACAAAUCUUCUGGAAAGCUUUUGCACCAACCACGGUCAACUCCGGCCGUGGCAACGAGUUCGAAGGCGCCGUGAUCGCUCUGUUCCACCUUUUGGCCGUCAGAAGGGACAAGAAGAGAGCUCUGGUCGAGGCCUUCUACAGAGAGAAUUUGCCCAACAUGUUCCAGGUGUUGUCCACCGUGGGUGUGUUUUUGUUUGUGCUAUACUUGCAAGGUUUCCGCUACGAAUUGCCCGUCAGAUCCACCCGGACCAGAGGCCAGGUCGGUGCCUACCCAAUCAAACUUUUCUACACUUCCAACACGCCAAUUAUGUUGCAGAGCGCGUUGACCUCGAACGUUUUCUUGAUCUCGCAAAUCAUGUACCAGAAAUUCCCUACCAACCCUGUUGUGCGUCUCAUUGGUGUGUGGGGUGCUAGAAAAGGCUCUCCCAUGGGUCAACAAGUGGCCUUGAGCGGAUUGUCAUACUAUAUUCAGCCUCCUUUCUCUGUGACUGACGCCAUUUUGGACCCUAUUAAGACUGUCAUUUACGUUGCAUUUGUCUUGGGUGCCUGUGCGAUGUUUUCCAAGACCUGGACCGAGAUUUCCGGUACCUCGCCCCGCGACGUGGCCAAACAGUUCAAGGACCAAGGUCUUGUCAUCAACGGGAAGAGAGAAACCUCUGUUUACAAAGAAUUGAAAAAAGUUAUUCCAACUGCCGCUGCGUUCGGUGGUGCCACUAUUGGUGCACUGUCUGUUGGGUCCGACCUGCUAGGUACUUUGGGCUCUGGUACCUCGAUUUUGAUGGCCACCACCACCAUCUACGGAUACUACGAGACCGCUGCCAAAGAGGGUGGGUUUGCCAAAAACUUGGUGGCUGGCUUUUCUGAAAUGAUGUAA